AUGCUGUGGCCCCCUGCGCCCGCGCAAUGUGCGCGAGGCUACAUCAGAACCUCCCAGAAAUUCCGAAUACGCCAGGCAUAUGCACUCCGAGCGGCCGCUAUCCUGCGACGACACCAUUCAAGCGAAACUGAUCAGCACCGUCCCUCAGAUACCGCCGGGCAAGCAAAGUUGGCGAGGGACGCACGUCCCAGGUACAAUGAUAUUGGUGUGCAGCAGUUGAGCGACCAUCUCCAUCCGCAAGUCUUCCCCCAAGGUGCGACGAGGCCACGGCCGGAUUUGGUUGAACUGUCCAAAGAUCACCUUCGACGUCACGAGCUGUUGGGGAAGAAUCAAGAUGACACACCAGCAAUCGGGCUCGAUGUGCCGCCACUGCAUGGAACCAGCCUGGACGAGCACUUCACGAAGCUGGGUCUAGAUGCAUCAGAGCCGUACCUGUCCUAUGGCAAGGCGUUUGUGAGAGCAAACACCCCCCAACGCCCCAGAAAAUGGGUGUCAAAGAGCGGCUGGACGAAAUACAAUUCUGAUAUGACAACGGAAGAGGUGGAUGCGCCUGAUGAGACCAUGCUCUCAUUUGAUGUGGAAACGAUGUGGAAGGAAACACCAUUCGCAGUCAUGGCCACUGCUGCAAGUCCAACCGCCUGGUAUGCGUGGAUAUCACCUUGGUUGCUAGGCGAGACAAAUAAUCCAAGACAACUCAUUCCCUUGGGCGAUCCGACCAAGCCACGAAUUGUCGUCGGACACAACAUUGGGUACGACAGAGCACGUGUUAAAGAGGAAUAUGACUUGAAGCAAUCGCGGAACUUUUUUAUCGACACAAUGUCUCUGCAUGUGGCGGUCAAUGGCAUGUGCUCACGACAGCGUCCAACCUGGAUGAAGCACAAGAAGAACCGAGAUCUACGAGACAAAAUGUCUGGUGACCACAGCUCAAUCGAGUUACAAACAAUGCUCGAGAACAAGAUGCUGAGCGAGGAAGAGGAGGAACUUUGGGUUGCAAGAAGCUCCAUCAACUCCCUGCGUGAUGUUGCAAAAUUCCAUUGUGGCGUCACCAUCGACAAGAACCAGAGAAACUAUUUCGGGGAACUAGAUCGGGAUGGCAUCUGCGAGAGACUCGAGGAACUCUUAGACUACUGUGCCGCAGAUGUCGCCAUCACACAUCGAGUUUUUCAAAGGGUCUUUCCUAAUUUCCUGGAGACAUGUCCCCACCCUGUCAGCUUUGCUGCCCUCCGGCACUUGUCGUCCGUCAUUUUGCCUGUCGACAAAUCUUGGGACGAAUACCUUGAAAGAGCCGAGAAGACGUAUCAGCGAAGAUUGGAAGCUGUCGAAAAGAGACUAGUCGAACUAUCGGAAGCAGCUUUGGAAGUCAAAGCACAGCCGGAGGUGUACAGCAAUGAUCCGUGGUUAUGUCAGCUGGACUGGUCGGGCCAGGAAAUCAAGUAUAAGAAGACCAAAAAGAAGGGUGAAGAGCCUGUGCCGUUUGCUCGCCAGAAGAAGCCUGGCGCUCCAAACUGGUACAAAGAUCUAUUCACUUCCAAUACCUCUCCGAUUAACUUGACGGUCCGAACAAGGAUUGCUCCUCUGUUGUUGAAGCUUUCCUGGGACGGUUGUCCCCUGGUCUGGUCUGACAAGCAUGGGUGGACUUUUCGAGUACCUCAUAAAGAGGCUGGAAAAUAUGAGAACAGCAAUGUUGUCAGCUGCGACAUGUCUGAAGAAGCCAAUCCGACCCUCAAAUCCGAUUACCACCAUAUCUACUUCAAACUCCCACACAAAGAUGGCCCGACUGCCCGUUGUGCUUCUCCAUUGGCAAAGGGAUAUCUCCAGUACUUCGAGUCCGGCGUUUUGUCCUCUCAGUACGCCCUUGCGAGAGAGGCAUUGGAGAUGAACGCUUCAUGCUCCUACUGGAUUUCGGCCCGAGACAGGAUCACUUCUCAAAUGGUUGUCAGAGAAGCCGACCGAGACCCAAGCUUGGCUGGAACAUCAGAUCAAGGAUUUAUUCUUCCCCAGGUCAUACCCAUGGGCACCAUCACGCGACGAGCAGUAGAGAAUACUUGGCUCACCGCAUCAAACGCCAAACCGAACAGGGUGGGUUCGGAGCUGAAGGCCAUGGUCAAAGCACCUCCUGGGUACUGCUUCGUUGGCGCCGAUGUUGACAGCGAAGAACUCUGGAUUGCAUCUCUUGUGGGCGAUGCCCAAUUCCAGAUUCACGGCGGGAACGCGAUAGGUUUCAUGACCCUGGAAGGCACCAAGGCCGCAGGGACCGAUCUUCACUCCAAGACGGCAAAGAUCCUUGGAACCUCGCGUAAUGAUGCCAAAGUGUUUAAUUAUGGGCGUAUCUAUGGUGCCGGUCUCAAAUUUGCGGCAACGCUCCUCCGGCAAUUCAAUCCUACUCUUUCUGAAACGCAGUCGAACCUGAUUGCCAUGAAACUCUACAAGGAGACCAAGGGCACACGCACGCGACGCAAAGCCUUCGGGAAUGGUUCCUUCUGGAGAGGAGGCACCGAGUCGUUUGUUUUCAACAAACUCGAGGAGUUUGCCGAGCAAGAGCGUCCUCGUACGCCCGUGCUGGGUGCGGGCAUCACGGAAGCUCUCAUGCGGCGAUUCAUCAACCAAGGCUCAUUCAUGACCUCGCGUAUCAACUGGGCCAUUCAAUCGUCAGGGGUGGACUAUCUGCAUCUGCUUAUUAUCAGCAUGGACUACUUGGUCCGUCGAUUCAACCUCGAUGCACGCCUGGCCAUCACCGUGCACGAUGAGAUCAGGUAUCUGGUCAGGCAUGAGGACCGGUACCGAGCAGCUUUGGCACUGCAGAUCAGCAACCUCUGGACCCGGGCGAUGUUCAGCCAGCAGAUGGGCAUCGAUGACCUUCCUCAAGCCUGCGCAUUUUUCUCCGCCGUGGACAUCGACCAUGUCCUACGCAAAGAAGUCGACAUGGACUGCGUGACGCCCAGCCACCCCGAGAAGAUUCCUCAUGGAGAGAGCCUGGAUAUCAACCAACUACUUGCCAAAGGAGACGAGGCGUUCUUAGACCCUAAUACCUUCCCCCGAGACGGCCUAAUCGAUUUGGACAAGUAUAUCUACACGCCACGACAAAGCGUCAUGUCAACCCUAGGCGGCUCAGGCGACGUGAACUACAUUCGGGCCCAAAUUACCGAUGACGAGAAGGAACUGAAGGCCAUCAUAAAAGACAGUGAAAAAGAAUCCGCUUCACCAUUACCCGAGACACCAUCAUCCUCGUCCUCCUCCAAAACUUCAACAUCCACGGCCCCAACUACCAGGAAGCAGGGCGGGAUCAUCAAGAGCUCGGCGGCAACGGGCCUCCCACGAGGUCGACGCCCAAAACCCAAAGUCCCGAUCCCGCCUCACGCGCAACCGCAACGUGCCGUACUCAUGGAGGUUGAGGACCGAUGGGACAUGGGCUACAAGAAAGCAUUCGCCUCCGCCAGCACCGGCGCCACAGCGACGACUCAUAAGCCAUGGCUGACGGAGAAGAAGUCGGCAUGGUCGAGUCGCUGGGCGAAUGAUGGGUGGGAGGUAUGA